AUGAUAUCUAUCUAUCACAUUCUCUUCAUGUCUAUCUAUCUAUCUAUCUAUCUCAUCCUCUCCAUAUCUAUCUAUCUAUCUAUCUCAUCCUCUCCAUAUCCAUCUCAUUCUCUGUCUAUCUCUAUCAUAUUCUUUAUCUCGUCUUCUUCAUAUCUAUCUAUCUCAUUAUCUAUCUAUCUAUCUAUCUAUCUAUCUAUCUAUCUAUCUAUCUAUCUAUCUAUCUCAUUAUCUAUCUAUCUAUCUAUCUAUCUAUCUAUCUAUCUAUCUAUCUAUCUAUCUCAUUCUCUGUCAUAUUCUUUCUCAUCUUCUUCAUAUCUAUCUAUCUAUCUCACCCUCUUCAUAUCUAUCUAUCUCACCCUCUUCAUAUCUAUCUAUCUCACCCUCUUCAUAUCUGUCUAUCUAUCUAUCUCACCCUCUUCAUAUCUAUCUAUCUAUCUCACCCUCUUCAUAUCUAUCUAUCUCACCCUCUUCAUAUCUAUCUAUCUCACCCUCUUCAUAUCUGUCUAUCUAUCUAUCUCACCCUCUUCAUAUCUAUCUAUCUAUCUAUCUCAUCCUCUUCAUGUCUAUCUAUCUAUCUAUCUAUCUAUCUAUCUCAUCCUCUCCAUAUCUAUCUAUCUCAUCCUCUCCAUAUCUAUCUAUCUAUCUCAUUCUCUCCAUAUCUGUCUAUCUAUCUAUCUCAUCCUCUUCAUAUCUAUCUAUCUAUCUAUCUAUCUAUCUAUCUCAUCCUCUUCAUAUCUAUCUAUCUAUCUAUCUAUCUAUCUAUCUAUCUAUCUCAUCCUCUUCAUAUCUAUCUAUCUAUCUAUCUAUCUAUCUAUCUAUCUAUCUCAUCCUCUUCAUAUCUAUCUAUCUAUCUAUCUAUCUAUCUAUCUAUCUCAUCCUCUUCAUAUCUAUCUAUCUAUCUAUCUAUCUAUCUAUCUAUCUAUCUAUCUCAUCCUCUUCAUGUCUAUCUAUCUAUCUAUCUAUCUACCUCAUCCUCUCCAUAUCUAUCUCAUUCUCUCCAUAUCUAUCUUAUACACUUCAUUAUCUAUCUAUCUAUCUUAUUCUCUUCAUUAUCUAUCUAUCUAUCUUAUUCUCUUCAUUAUCUAUCUAUCUAUCUUAUUCUCUUCAUUAUCUAUCUAUCUAUCUAUCUUAUUCUCUUCAUAUCUAUCUAUCUUAUUCUCUUCAUAUCUAUCUAUCUUAUUCUCUUCAUAUCUAACUAUCUAUCUAUCUAUCUAUCUUAUUCUCUUCAUAUCUAUCUAUCUUAUUCUCUUCAUAUCUAACUAUCUAUCUAUCUAUCUAUCUUAUUCUCUUCAUAUCUAUCUAUCUUAUUCUCUUCAUAUCUAUCUAUCUUAUUCUCUUCAUAUCUAUCUAUCUAUCUAUCUAUCUUAUUCUCUUCAUUAUCUAUCUAUCUAUCUAUCUAUCUUAUUCUCUUCAUUAUCUAUCUAUCUAUCUAUCUAUCUAUCUAUCUAA